AUGGCUGUCCGAGAUGAAGAUGGUCGGGCAAACUUUGGCGACAUCAUGCAGAGAAGCAGCGGCGAAAUGCCUUUGUCGCCAUGGCUGCGGAAGAAGUUACAGGAUACAGCUUGGAUGCAAAGCCAUCCCUACCAUGGCGUGGUGUUGACGGCCAAUGGUGCCCUUCAACGCACCAUGUCGGCCUGGUAUCAAUCGGAGAUUAAAGUGGAGGUGAUCUUCAACCGUGAGAUCCAAGAGAUGAUUUCCUGGGCACAUCCCUUCGUGAAGCAGUACGACCGGCGGGUGCAAAUGUCCUGCUGCGGCGAGGUCUUCUGUGUGGCCACGAGUCGCAUCAUUCUCUCGGAGCAACGUGCCGUGGACGCCGUGGAGUCGGGCGGCGUGGGCAUCGCGCAGCUCUUCAAACACUUCCGGAUCCUUCCGCGUUUUUACCUGACCGACGCUGGGGCACAGAGCUGCCCCGGAGGCGUGCAGCUCUGGCGUGACUAUGUCUUGGAGGGCAGCGGCAUCGAGUGUCGCAUCCGCGAGGACUUCAGCCCCAAUUUUUUGGAUUUGAAGCCAAAGCAAGGUUACCCGGAGAAGGACGCUGCCAUCAGCCGCUGCCGUUCCAAUUCGCGUUCCAAUUCGAUCUCGUUGGAACCGCACUUGGGAGAUCUGCUGAAGGGAACGCGAUGCUUGAAUGUCCUGGAAGACGAGAUUGCCAAAUCUGCGAGUCCCCUGCAGCGAGCCUUACUGACGGCAGCCGGCACAGUCUUGCGGAUCAUCACCUCCUAUCACAAGGUGGCGGUGACGGUGGGUCAAGUGAAGAGCUGCCCCAUGCCAGGCGUCACGAAGGCUUCGUACCAGCGCUGUGUGCUGAUGUUUUGCGAAGGCGUGGCCUUCUGCCGAGCGCGCACACUCAUGACCAUUGAGAGCACUGAAAUGAAGGAGCAAGUGGAUUGCGGUCAGUGUGACUUGGGAGAACUCUUCCGCGUCUAUGGCUUGCUACCUGAGUUUGAACUGCAGCAGGUCCGCUUGACCGCGGAGGGCGAUGCUGUGCCUGGCUUUGGACGGAUCUAUCGCCUGGUUGCACCAGGCCUUAGCUGUCUGAUUGCGGAGGAGUUCGCAGAGACCGCCUUGAAUCUUCCUGGAGAACAACAUGGCUUCCCUGGGACGCUGGGUGCCGGAACAAGGAAUACUGAAGCACCACUUCCUCGCAUGUCUCGGCCCUUGGUGCUUGCUGCGCCAUUGAUCCCUCCACUGCUGUCCCACCCCACGGGAAAUAGGGGGCUGCGCUGGCUGCGCUUGCCGCGUGGCACGUGGCCAGCGGCGACCUGUGUGGCAGCCAUUCGUGGGCGGCUGACACGGGGCAUGGGCGGUAAAGGCGUGAGCAAAGGCAGUGGCAAAGAUGUCAGCAAAGGCGGUGGCAAAGGCGGUGGCAAAGGGCCUCAGAAGCCUACGGAUGACCCAGACUUCGUUCGCUGGUCGAAGGGCAUGCGAUUGGAGGGCUCGAGCACAGGUGCCACCUACAUUGUGGAGGACUAUGUCUCCAGCGGCUCCUUCAGCCGUGUCUUCUGCGUGUCGGCCCCGACUAAAGCGAAGCGCCGGUGGGGGAAGGAUGAUGAAGGAACAACAAUCUUUGCUGCCAAAGUUAUGCGCAAGGAAGAUUCUUACAUCCAGUACACCUCCAGUGGGCCUCGAGAAGGUGACCUACUACAACGUUUAGAAACUCAGCAGAGGGAGGCGAACCUCGAGCCUUUGACCAUGAGAUGUUUUGACUCCUUCGCGACCAAAGAUGAUGCCGGGAAGGAGUAUUGGUGUUUAAUCCUGGAAUGGCUGGAUGCCUCGCUCUUUGACGCUGUCAAGGCCAACCGAAGCCGUGGAUUGCACCUCUCUAUGGUGAGGAUCUUACUGAGGCAGCUCCUGGAGCAGCUCAAGGUGCUUCAGGAGCUGGGUUGCACGCACACGGACAUCAAACACAAAAACUGCUGCCUGGUCAACACCGAAUACUACCUGGCCACGUCGGCUGAUGGACCUACGAUGAUCUUCACAGAGCCCAUGGCCAAAUUCAUCGAUUAUGGCAACGCCGUCUUUGAGGGCGACAAGAAGCCACAUCCCAUCCACACCAAGCAGUUCCGUGCACCGGAAGUGCUGCUGAAUGUCCGAGAAGGUUGGGGGCCGCCCAGUGACAUUUGGACCUUGGGUGUCACCGGCUGCUUCUUGGUCUCUGGCCAGCUAGUCUUCAACUCACACGAUCCGCAGGAGCUUGUCCGUUUGAUGACGGCUGCCUGCGGUCCCUUUCCCGCGCGUCUGCUGGGUGCAGCGCAGGACCUGCGCAUGCGCCGGGCUGCUGAGAAUGCACAGGGAGCGGCGCCGCAGUUGGCAAGCUGGCUGAAACUGGCUGGCGGCCCAGCGGGCGCAGCGAGCGCAGCCUCGGCUGCGUGUGCGGAUCUCCUGCAGAAGAUGUUGGCGUUGGAUCCCAUGGAUCGCAUCACUGCAGCAGAAGCAUUGCAACAUAGCUUCCUAACGGAGGAUGGAGACGGGGCCAAGGCUGUGGUCCCACCCAGAAGCUCAGAACUGCGAAGGCUGUGAUUUUUAGCGAGGCUCGACUCCGCUCCUCGGCUAGACUUGGGGCUACCCAAGGCAUCCUGGGUUGCCGCUCACCUCGCGGCAGACC